CCCUUGAAGGAUAUAAGAAGACUGAUCAAAAUUAAGUUUUUAAAAUUGAAUGAACUUCCAAUUAAUUAAAGACAGCAACUUAUAUCCUAAUUUCUUAGAUAAUCACUACAAUUUUCUUCUUUUUUGUUCUCCUUUUGUUUUGUCUCUUCGACCACUGGCAAACAAACUAAACCAAUCCCACGAAUGCACAGCUUUUUAUUAAUCACUUCCAUUCUGUUUCAAUAGUCUGGUUACAGAACAGGAAACCGAGUUUAAUGGAUGAUAUCAAUUAAUUAAGUAUUUAGUUAAUUAAUGUUCCAUUCCAUCAACAUCAGGCCUGGUAAUUGUUGUCUUGUAGCCAGCUCUUUCUUUUCAUCAUCGUCAUAAAAGAAAUUGUUCUGAAAUUAAGUUUGAUUGGGUUGUCAUAAUUAUCAGUUCAAUAAUAAUAAUAUUAAAGAAAUUAAGGCGCAUAAUCUUAUUAAUAAUACUUUGUCACUUAUACACAAUAAUAAUCUUCCAAUAACAACAUUAUAAUUUGAACUAAAUAUCUCUAUGCUCAAAAAUCGAAUACGUAUGCCGAUGAUCACCAAUAAUCUUCCGUUUUCAUGCCUGCUCUUCCAAAAUGUAAUUUUCAUGGUGGGACAUGGCUUAGGACUUUGGUUUCAUCUAUAGUCUCAACUCUCAAGUUCCACCAAGGAUAUAUCCAAACAUGACUUUGAUGUCACAUUCUAGCUAACUAGCUAGGGUUUCUUUUGAUUGGGGCACAUAUAAUUUGAACAUUUUCCAUUUUCUAUGGGGGAAACCGCUUAACCAUGUAUCCUAGCUAUAGUUUAUUAAGAUUAUAAAGAAUGAAACAAGCCCCAUAAAAAGGGUGUUGGGUUCUUCAAAGUUGUCUAGGGUUAAGGAACUUAGGGUUCUUUGGCCACCAAUACUUUCCCCUUUAGUUCUUUGUCCUUCCCUUUUUAAUUCAUUUCCCCCACUCUUUCCAGUUGAAAGUGAAAUUUGGACCACUUCAUGGGUAGCAGCCAAACACUGUUCACAUAUGCAAAAUGAAUAAUUGGUGUUGGUUCUAGCUAGUUUAAAAUGGUUUCCCCCCUCUAAUUUGUUACCUAAUUUUAAUUACGUUGGGAGAGGAUCGAGAGCAACACCUAACCAAACACAUUUUUUAAUCGUAAUAAAUGUACUUAAGUCUUCUACGACGUCUUCUACUUUGAGCAAGUGCGAUCCAUAUUUUUUUUCCUAUCGUAAUGAAUGUACCUGAGUCUCAUAUGUCCUCUACUUUGAACAAGCACGAUUUAAUAAUUAGAAGUUACUCGUAAAAGUUACUCUGAUGGACCACUGAUCAAACAUUAAAGUUUAAUCACAAUGUGAGAACCAACUACUUCAGAGUUUGUUCCCCUCUUUGGCCACCAUCUCAUGAAGCUAGCACAUAACUUCACCACUUCCCACAACAUCAUUCAACAUACCCACCUCCUUAUUCUGCACCUCUCCUCUCCCAUAAUUGGUCUUUCUUUUGAUGAACUUUUCAUGGUAUAUAUCCAUCCUGAUCUCCUUCUCCAUCAAAUAGAUUGAGAUGGUUUACAUAUUUUCUUAGAUGAUUCUUAAAUAUAUAUGUAUGCAAGAAGACCACAUAUUGUUUAUGCACGGACCUUGGCGACGGUAAGAAUUGGAUGUGUAGGAACCGAUUGAUAAGAUCCAAAAAAAAAAAAGGAGAAUUAAAUUAGAACCAACCUGCAUUCUAGUUUCACGAAUAUCCUUAUAUUUUUAAAAAAAUUUAAGAUGAGAAUAGAAAACAACAUUUAAAAAAAAUUUCAUUAUAAAAAUGUAACGAAAUCUCAUAUGUCUUCCACUUUGAGCAAGUGAGUUCUAAGUUCUCACUACUCAUAAGAUUACCUCAUGGACCACUUAUCAAACUUCAAGAGCAAUUUGAUAGCCCAUUUUUCCUAGUCUUGUUCUCUUUUUGACCACCAAGCACAGAAAUACUCCACCAUUUCCAACAACAUCAUUCACCAUACCCACCUCCUUCUUUCUCAACUCUCCUCUCCCAUAAUUAGCCUCUCCAUGAUACGUUUUACAAUACAUAUUUAUCACAUAAACAUCUUUUCCAACAACUCAGAAAUUGCAUCACGUAAUGUUUUGUACAUGAAUAUUAUAUAAUGUAGUCAGUCAAAUAUUGUGUUAGCUAUUGAUGAUAUAUUAUGAUCACGGUUGAUGUACAUUUCGAUAUACGUCUCUAGUCUCCACCUUAAUGAAUAGAUAGACAUAUUUUUAACUAAGCUAUCUACCAAAAUUGUACAUACAUAUAUUGUCAAGUGCCAACACAAAAUUAACGAAUCUAAUAUGAACCGACACGUUAGACUGACAUGCGUGCUCUCUAACUAGGUAUACAAAAAAAUUCCAAACUUUGGAGGCUUUUAUAGCUGUAUUACAAUCUUUUUAUUGACACCAGACGUUUCCCCCCUCAAACAUUUUUUUUUUAACGUAGACAAACCGAGCCAAAACUCGGAUACAUAGUCAGAGAACAGUACAAAGCCGCGAGCGAAAGUCGACUAAUCGUCGAACUUCCUGAGACUUAAGUUAAAUUUGCAUGGUUGGAGGACUGAAUAUCAAAGUAACUUCUUAUCUAGUGAUUAAUUUGUAACUCUACAAAAUAUAAUGAUGAACCGGGAAAAAACCCAUUUUAGACCCGAAAGGUCGAAACCGAGCCCGAGAGAGAGAGAGAGAAACUGAGAAAGAGCGGGAAGUUCACAUCAGUUUUCGUAUGAUCUUUUCUCUCAUUCACAAGUCAAACACCGCAUUGACCAAAUGUCUCACCACGUCAACCCUCCGUCCAGCCCCGGCCUCGUCUUCUUCUUGCUUCUCCAUAAUACCUACUUAUUAGGCUCUACUCCCUUCUCAUCACCAUUCACCAUCUUCGUCUUCUCGAUAUUGGAAUCAGAACCAGAACCAGAACCAGGUAUGCUUUCUCUCCGCUCUCUGCUUGUGUUAACUCUGAGUUAUGAACUACUUCUCCUACUCCGGAUGUUCACGAGAGCCGAUUCACGAUCGCGCGCGUUUCUUGAUCUCUUCCUUUCAUGAAAGAAUUCACCGUCAGGUGAAGUUCCCUGUCCCUUCCGUCGGCAUUUCCCGUGUAACGCCGAUUCGGUCAAUCGCGCUGGCGGCGGGAAGUGACGGGGAAUGAGAGUCCAAGUGUUCCACGAUCUGGAUUGGUUUCGGAUGCUUGAUUUCGCUUGAACUGAUUUUCCUUAGUUCUCUACGCUGCUCCAUGGAGUAUUAGGGUUUCAGAAUUGCAGUUUUCUUUAUUUUGUUAUGAGUUCUUGAUCUCUUCCUUCCUUUAACAAUUUCACCGCCCGACGAAGUUUCCGUAUCCUUUCCGUCGUCAGUUCCGUGAUAAGUCUUCUUUGCUGCGGCGAUUAGGAACAAUGGCGCUGGUGGCAGGAAGUGAAGGAAAAUGAGAAUUCAAGUGUUUCCUCGAAUUGGACUGGUUGCCGAUGCUUGAGUUCAUUCAAUUGCUUAUAUGUUUGUUUUCCUUGCCGCUCCGUGGAGGAUUGCGAUUUCUUAGUUUUCUAUGAGUUCUAGAUCUCUUGAGCAAUAUCAUUAUCACUGUCCGGCGAAGUUCCCUUACCUGUUCCGUGAUAAGUCUUCUUUGCCGCGGCGAUUAGGACAAUCACGCUGGUGGCGGGAAGUGAUGGAAAACGAAUCGGAUUGUUCUGUAUGCUGCUACAUGGAUGAUUAGGGUUUCAGGAUUGGGAGUUUCUUGUUUUUUCCCCCAAUUAUUGAGGUAGGAAUUUAGGUGGAUUCUGAGUUGUUAGGGCGAAGUAUCCUGCCUUGGCGAUAAUGCUGUUACUCUUUAUUGAUCGAAGCUUCACAGUACCUAGCUUCGAUGCGCAGGUUAAUCUUGGCAGAGGCAUUGCUGGCCUUGAUUUUCAGUAACUAGGGGCAGGGAAACAUGGAGAUCGAGCUAGAACAAGGAUGGGAGAUUAUUGAAAGGGGGAUUACUAGGCUGAAGAACAUCCUGGAAGGACUACCGGAGCCAAAGUUCAGCUCUGCCAACUACAUGGAGCUAUACACUACCGUCUAUAACAUGUGCACUCAGAAGCCUCCUCAUGAUUACUCUCAACAGUUGUAUGACAGGUAUAGGGAGUCCAUUGGAGAUUACAUUAAUUCAAUGGUAUUACCAUCCUUGAGGGAGAAGCAUGAUGAAUUCAUGCCGAUGGAGCUUGUGAAGAGAUGGGAAAACCAUAAAGUUCUGGUUAGAUGGCUAUCUCACUUCUUUCAUUACCUUGAUUGGGAAUUUAUUCCCCGGAGGUCACUUCUGCCGCUUCGUGAAGUUGGGUUCAUUUGCUUCCGCAACCUGGUGUACCAUGCCUUCUAUCGGGAUCUUAGGGUUUGGGUACUUUCUUUGAUUGAUCAAGAGCGUGAGGGAGAGGAAAUUGACCGAGCUUUGUUGAAAAAUGUUGUGGAUAUUUUUGUUGAAAUUGGUACGGGACAAAUGGAUUACUACGUUCAUGAUUUCGAAGCAGCUAUGCUCAGAGCAACGGUUGCUUAUUAUUCUGGAAAGGCUUCAAACUGGAUCCAAGAAGAUUCGUGUCCAGAUUACCUGUUGAAAGUUGAGGAGUGUUUGAGAAGUGAGAAAGACAGGGUUUCUCAUUACCUGCAUCCCAGCAGCGAGCCCAAGUUGUUGGAGAAAGUCCAAAACGAGCUGCUUUCAGUUCAUGGUAUCCAACUUCUCACGAAAGAGCACUCAGGAUUUCAUGUGUUGCUCAGAGAUGACCAGGUCGAUGAUUUAUCAAGAAUGUUCAGACUCUUUUCAAGAUUACCUCAUCGCUUACAACUUGUUUCUAAUAUGUUCUGGGAGCAUGUUACUGAUGAAUUUCCAGGUUUGGUACAGCGGGCUCAAGAUGCUGCACGCAACAACACGCUUCAGGUGAAGGACGAUUCGGUUUCGUGGUACAUUUUUCUUUCACGUUCCAUUGUCACCUUAUUUGGACUGGUGUCAAGCUCAGUCUAAUUCUUUUUCACAUCCAAGUUGCCAGUGGAUAGUAUGUUUUGAAUCCGAUUGACGGGUACAUUCACUUUUAUCCCUGCCGGCAGAGUAGAUGAUCUGUUCUUAAGCAUAAACCGAUAUGUUGCUUGGUCUUCAGGUUUUUGACAUGGAGAAUGAGAUUGGAUUGCUGGAGGUGAAGUAUCAGGCUUACGUUAAUGGUUGCUUCGAAAACCAUACUCUUUUCCAGGAGGUGUGUGUUUGUCGCAAUUCAUAUCCAUAUGGUACUUACUAAUACUAUGUCCUGUUGGAAUCUGCUUCGUCUGAAUGAUCAAUGUUUUUAUGCACGCAGACACUGGAAACCGCUAUUAGGUACAUUUACCUGCUAUAUGCUCAUCGACUGCGACGUUAACAUGGUGAUUACUACGGAUGUUAAAUUGUCUGCAGAGAUGUAAUUGUCUUUCCCUUCUUGUUGUAAUUACUUUGAGUUUUGUUAAUUGUUGUUUACUGCUGUAAGUGGAUGUGUAAAUGACUGCAACAAACCUAAUAGAAAACUGAGAAUUAUAGUACUUCCACUAAGCAAAACUCAUUCAUAAUGUGAAGAACCACUUAAUUCUGGUUGCUUGUACCAUUUCACUUAGGUUUUGAUUAAGUUCUUCAAUAAUUUGAUUUUGUCGAAACUCAUUAUUAGUUAAGAUAUGAGGUGAAAUCAUUUUUUAACAAUAAUUUCUGUUUGGUACUCGUCUACAAACCAAUGGACGUAAUUUUUUUUUUUUUAUUGCAAUGAGGCGCAGAAACGCCAAGAAGAGAGAAAGCAGGGUUAUAGGGGGAGGGUUACAGAGGGAGUGACAAUAUUUCUAGGUAAAGUCAGCCCACGAUCAUCAUCCUUUAACGUAUCAAUAAGUUGGGCUGGAGGGUUGACUAGUUCAUGCAUACCGUAGGGAUAGACGAGACUGUGCUUCGAGAGCCAGUUCGCGACUCUAUUCCCUUCCCGGUAUGUAUGCACUAGAUUAACCAGCCAGUCCUGCGCCAAAAGUCUACGAAUCGUAUUGAGCAGGGAAGCAAAAGGGUGAGCCUGAUCAGACCUGUGCUGAAUGAGAUCGAUCGCAAGCUGAGAGUCUGUUUCCGCAAUGAGAAAUCGGAGCCCCUUGCGCCAAGCCAUCUCGAGACCAAUGGACGUAAUUACAAUGGUGCAAGUGCAACCAUCAUUUAAUUUAUAUAAUUUAGUUGCAACUAAAAUUUAACUUAUAUAUGGUUUAGUUAUAAAAAAAAUGGUUAGUUUGCUACAUAUGAUAUACUUAAGUGACACAUUGUGUAUUUGACCCUCAAUAACUAAAAUUUUCUCGG